AUGGGUGCUGGGCCUUACAGCAACUACACUGCUCCUUGGUAUCGUGGCAACUACUUCAUUCACGACACAGAAAUGGGCAUUAACUUCAUUCCCGAUCAUCGCGGCACAGCAAUAGGGAAAAAUCAAUACGCAACUCGAACUCGAUUGGCUGAUAUCCAUGGCAACCAAUUAGAAUCCUUGGAGGCUUUUAAUUUCUUCGGUCCAAAUGCUCCGGGUAUUAAGGAAACGUUCUUGCCUGUGAGAUUCACUAGACCUUACUACGAUUGUGGUCAUAGUAAUCGGUGGAUAGUGACUGCCGUUUCGGCACUAUCAGAUUAUAUGCCUCGAUACUCUCCAAUCGAUCGGCUUAGAGGUCCCAGGAUGGUUGGUGUAACUGUCACAAGCAUGGAUUUCCUUCGCAUUGAUUUUAAUCCAUGCCCCCAUAGUCUAGGAAAUCCAGAAUAUUUCUUGGCUGGAACGGCUAGAUGCAAGCCAACGACUAUGUGCGUGCCUUUGUCAGGCUAUGGCUUCGCUCGAGGGGGCUACGAAUGUGUGUGCCAACCAGGUUACAGACUUCCAAUGCAACAAAAUGGGCCUUUUAGAGGAAUAGAUAUUGAACAGGCGACGGAGGAGGAAUAUAAGAAUGGCUUUGAUUGUCUUCCAAUCGGUUGGCGUCAAGUUGUCCCUCAUGAAAUUGCUAGAGAUCGUCUCUCCCAACCUGGAGGUCUUGAUUCCCUGCCUGUUCAAAGACCAAGGAGAUCGUCAUGGUACACCACUCCGUACGAAUAUGCUAAAUUGUCGGCCGACUACAUCGGAUCCUAUUUGUCAAAAUCGCUCAUUGCAUUGGGUCUAAGGCAGAAGAGUGAACCAUCUCCAUUAGAUGAAUUCUUCCACAAAGUUGACGAUACAGCAGGAUUUCAUGAUGCACAGCCCACCGAACCUCCACACGAUGCUAGAUCUAUUUAUCAAGGCGUUAAUGAAACCUGUUCAGCUGGGGUUAUUUCAAACAUAAAUCCAGAAUGUUCUGUGAACGAGGAGGAGACUAAAUCCCUAGAGAGGAAACGAAGGGACUUUGUCAUUCCCUUCUAUUCCAUUGGCAAUGGAUUCACGUUCAAUCAAGAAGCCUACGAUGAGAUAAUUGUUCCAGGUAAGAAGCCAGAGAAGCAAUUAUCCGUCAUACUUGAGGGUAUUGAGAGUAGACAAGAUCGUGCACCAGAAAGUGGAAAAUUUUCGCCACUUAACUCGGUUAUGGAGAAGGUUCUUUGGGACCGUUUUUAA